AUGUCUGCACUUCAAUUAGCUAGCCAAGCGAAUCGGAGGCCAUGCGAUCGGUGCCGUCAGCGGAAAUCUCGCUGUGUGCGCGAGCCCGGCCAGCAAAAGUGCGUCCGCUGCGUUCUGCAUCGACAUGAAUGCACAUAUCUUCAAGGCCCGGUUCCGCGUAAACGGCCAGAUAGGCCGCCGUCGCCUGGUCGAGUGGAGGACUCUAACCUAAAUGCUCUAUCUCCCAGCCCUCCAGCUGGUCAGGCUGCAUCUGAUGCCGCCAGCCCAUCCCGUUUACUUGGUACCUUGGGCUUAGAGCCGCACCUGCACUCCACAUACAUUGGGCCUGCAAGCUACCAUGAGCCCACGCUACUCGAUUUGAAAUCGGCUAGUGCCCCUGUCAACCAGGACUCCGGACACCCUCGACGGGUGAACCAGUCUUCGGCAUUUCUCACUCUCCCAGAUAAGACCUCAGCAUCCGAGACACAGCGCAUAUCUGAUCUCGAUCAAAUAGAGGCAAGCAUCCAGCCAUUUGGCCCGGCGUUGGUGAAGGUUUACUUCCAAAUCGUCCACCCGCUGUUUCCGAUUCUAGACAAGGGCGUGUUCCUGGAAAAGUAUGCACGUUCGUACCGCGAAUUCUCACCUCCUCUUCUAGCUGCCGUCUAUUUGGUUGCCCUAGAUUGGAGGCUAUUUGAUCGGGCCCUCACAAAGGCGACUCGUGUCCCAGACACUGCGCUGCUCGAAGACUUAGCCAUGCGAGCUAUGAAUGAUGACAUGAAACGUGCAAAACUCUCCACUCUGCAAGCCGGCUUGCUACUUCUACAAAGAGUCCGUUAUACUUCAAGCGCACUCCCUGCUCAGCUCUUAUCCUUGGGGCAAACACUGGGUAUUCAUGUCGAUUGCAGUGACUGGACUGUUCCAGAAUGGGAGAAGAGCCUCCGACGACGCCUUGCAUGGGCCCUCUACAAGCAUGACAAAUGGGGUGCUAUCGUACAUGGCCGUCCCUCCUUGAUCCCUGUUCAAAUCGAUAACAGUGACUUCAGCGACUGGGAUGUCGGCCCCUGUACCUUUGCAGACUUCCCAGAAGCUGCUGAGAACGACGAGGAAGACGUGGAAGGAAUCGUUGAUGCCAGCUUAGGCCGCGCCGCAUUUAUACAGCUUAUUGAACUGACCAAAAUCUUCAGCGAAAUCGUGGCAACUUUUUGCUCCGUGAGCGCCACAAAAAAGGGCGGGCUACUCUCCCGCAUCGGCACGAAUGGAACAAUGGCUCUUGCAAAGCCGCUUGUGAUGAAAUUGCGAGAGUGGUACAGCUCCCUUCCAGAUAACCUCCAGCUUGGGACUACGUAUUCUCAUAGACUUUCGACAAACGGUCCGUUGCACCUCGCGCACAUGGCCGCUGAACUCACCAUCCACCGUGCCUUGCUUCGUACUCUGUCAGCAGAUACACCACCGGCGUUGCGCGCAACGGUCCGCACAGCGGCUCGCGCACGCCUUGCAUCGGCGAUGAGACUGAUCGAGUCUCUCCAACCCGAGCAUACACAGUCUUUCUGGGGCUUCGCUGCCGCAUCUCAGGUGGCGAUGAUUGGAUCUUUUGCUGGUCUGCUCUGGGCUACUAGUGCAGAGGCGGACGAGGCCCUCGAGUUCGUUAACCAACUGGAAAAGCUUCGUUGGGCGUUGCAGAUGCGCGCAUCAGCUGCCCCGUUUCUUCACGAAGCAUUACCCUGGGACUGA